GCAGAAGCGGAAGCUUUCGGACACGAGGCCGAGGAGGCGGAAGCGGAAGCUUUCGGACACGAGGCCGCGGAGGCUGAAGCCGAAGCUUUCGAACAAGAGGGGCAAGCAGAGUCCUUCGAGGAGUACUCAGCCGGGGCGAGGACAUUGGUUGAACCAGUUGCGGGCGAGGAAGGUGACGUGCCCGCUGCGGAGGACCUUGCAGCUUUCCAGGCUGAGGGGGAGGAUGAAGAGGAGGUGGAGCUGGAGGUUGAAGUCCCUGGAGAGAUGGCAGAGGCUGCUCCUGAGCCGGCCGAGGAGGCUGAGGCCGACGGCGAGGUUGCGGCUGAGGAGGCCUACGGGGAAACCAUCCCACAACCCCAGACACCGCUGGAGGAGCCUCCGGAGCCUGCGGAGCCCCUGGAUCCUGAGGAGAACCAGCCGCGACAUCGGACACUGCCACACCCUGCCUUCUCGAACUUUCGGCAGCGCAGCCGAAACAAAGAGAAAAGAUCCGUGUCCUUCCAUCAGGCAAACGUGCCAGAUGGACACCUCCUGGAAGACGAGACAGGCCUAAGAGCCGUGCACCACCUCCUGAGCUUCCGAGAGCACGACCUUUGGUUCGUCAACCCGGGGGCCUCCGUCCAGUGUGACGUCUGUUCGCAAGCUUGGCCGCAGGCAUUUGGCCUCCUCUGUGGUGGUGAGGAAGGGGGAUCGCAGUUUGCCCAAACUGGCUUCAUGUGUAAAUCCUGCUAUCAAAGCCAGGAGGAGCCACAGCAGCAGGGGGAUGACGCUGGAGCUUGGUCUCAGGAGGAGGUUGCUGACGCCGAAGCGGCAGUGACUUCCGAGGAGGCUGUCGGAGCUUCCACUGGGCCCUGGGAUAAUCCUCAGAGCGGCUGGGGCGAUUGGAUCCAUGCCCAAGAGUGA